GCAGCCAACUUGACGGAAAUAUCAUUCAAUGAAAGGUAAUGGAGUAAGAAAAGUUAUGAUGGGCAAAAUUAAGUAAAAUCUUCCAAAAAAUUCAAUUGGAAAAUAGCAAACUCCCCAACAUAAGAACGAACCACUUUUCUGAGAAAUGGCCUCCGGGGAUCUGUCGUUGACCAGCAACAGCAGCCAAGACAGUAGCCAUGAGUUUAAUUUUGAACGACCCCGGAAACCUUCAAACGACAGCAUCAAAGAUUUGGAAUCGGCCAAACAGCAAUACGAUCAGGCAAUCAUCGAACUGAAUUCGCUGCGUGUGCAACAGAAUGAUAGUAAAUUACGAAUGGAACACAUUAUGGAACAAUUGGAAUUCUAUCGGGAACAAUAUAUGGCCGCGAUGAAUCAAGUGGAACAGUCAGCACAGGAGGGCACAAGUCUGCGAACAAAGUACACGGACUUGUCGAACGAAAAUGUCCGAUUGCAGCAGCGGAAUCAUCAUUUGGAAAAGAAACUGUCGCGUUUCGUUGAGUCGAUGAAAGAUAAUUCGGUCAAAGAUAAUGGCAACAGUCAGGCGUGUGCAUUCGUCGAACAGUACAAUGAUUUGAAGAAAAAGUACGAUCUAGUGCGUGUGGAAUAUGAUAAGCUGAAUGCGGAAAUGGAAAAGUGUAAAAAGCUUUGCUCGGAUUUGUCGCGGGAUCGCAAUUCAUUGGCGUUGGAAAAGGACGAUUUGAAACAGCAGUUGUCGAACGCGUUCGAGCAAUUGAAGACUUCAUUACGUGAGAAAAGUGCUUAUCGAGAAGCUAGAGACAAAUUGAUCGAACAGCAUGACACUGACAUUAAGGAAAUGACCCAAUUGAUGCAGUCUAGGGCUGAAGAAUUGCGAAGAGUGACUGGCCAACGUAAUGCUGCCGAGCAAGAGCUUCGAACGAUUUUGGCGGAACGGAAAGGCGUGUUAGAGGAGAACCAAAAGCUGAGCGACGAUUUGUCUGCAGCAAAGGAGAAACUGGAAAAGUACUACAAAGACGACAAGAAGUUGACCUACGAAAAUGACAAUCUGAAAAGAGAAAUCGAAUCGGUUCUCCGUUACAAGGACGAUUUGGCUAAAGAGUGCAGUGUUCUUCGUGAAAAGGUUGAGUCGAAAGAUUUGCUAAAGAGUCGUGACAGCAGCUGGAGCAAAGACAUUUCAUCGGUGGAUGGGAAAGGAUUAAGCGAUCAGCAUGCAUUGGAUUUGGAAACGGCAAACGAGGAAAUCGAAAAAUUGCGGAAAAGUUUGGAGCGUGCUAUGGCAGAGAUUGAAAAGGCAACGCUAGACACAGAGGUUUCGAAAUGCCGACGAGAUUGGGCAAUAACUGAGCGCGAGAAAAUUGUCCAAGAACGGGACAGUGUUAAAGGAUUGUGUGAUAAGUUGCGGAAAGAGAGAGAUACAGCCAUCUCGGAUUUGCUGGCAGCAAUCAGAGACAGUGAAAAAAUUAAGAAGCAAAAAGACGAGGCGUGUCGUGAAGUGGAACGUAUACGCGAAUCGUUUGAAUCGCAGUUGGGCAAUUCGCGACGAAAUAUACGCUGGAGCUACAAUCCGUACGAUUUGGAGCUGCUGCAGAAAAAUGAUUCAGAAAUGAUUGAAUUGGACGUUAGUGGCAUUGGCGUUGAUGACAUUGGCAUCGUGUUAGAGGGUGGCCGCGAUGAUUCACAGAAUCGAGUUGAUUCCGGCGUUGUUGUCGUCAGUGUCAGUCCGGACUCGAUUGCGUACGGAAAAUUGCGUCCGAACGAUUGCAUACUUCAGGUGAAUAAUUUGGAUUGCACCUCUAUAUCGAAACGAGUUGUGCUCGAAACCAUUCGCACUAGUGGUGGCAGAUGCAUAGUCAUUGUGAAGCGACCAAAGGUUAACAAACCACACAUGUAUGCGGUGAAUUUGAACAUGAAUUCAAACAAUCGAAAUCACGGCUUGACCCUGGAAACGGGCGUAUUCAUUUCAAAAAUAAUGCCAGGCUCGUUAGCAGCUAAAGAAGAAGACUUGUCAGCAGGUGAUCGUGUGCUCAGUGUGAACAGCAAAACAAUGGAAGGUGUUAAAACGGCUAAGGAUGCAAUGUCAUACCUUGAUGACAAUCGUUCCGAUGCAUUGACAAUCAUAGGACUCAAACAAGUGGCGCAAUCGUUUGAUACACCGAUCAGCAACAGGACUAAACACAAUCGAAUGAUUAAUAUAUGCACCCAGACUGAUGAACGAUAUAGUUCGGAGUUUGACACAAACAGAAACUUCAUCGCAGGCAGUUCCAAAUCAACGUCCAAAAUAUCCGAAAUGAUCAACAAAUUCAAAGGCAAGAUGAAUAUUCACGGACACAGCAAUCAGAAAGGCAGUACAGUAUCAGAAAGCGAUAGCCUCUGUCAGGAAAAUGAUGCUAUUGCCGUAUUAGACCUUGUAUUGAACAACGAAAAUAGUUCCGGCAAAAGUAAAGACAAUUUGUUUAAGCGUUCGAAACGAUCGAAAAAGGACAGCUCUAAGGAUGUGAAUAAAAACCUGGGAACGUGGCCACGUGCAAACAUAAUGAACGCUGGUCGUGACGAUCAUCAAACAAUUACACAACGUAAAAAAGAACGUCCACCGCUAACACUGUUUCCUGGUCCAGUUACAUUAGGUGACGAGAUUGAUAAGCCAAAUUUAUCGAAACGAGAUCCACCAACGGCAGCAAGAUCAUCGAGUGUUGCAACGAAUAGCAAUCGAAACUCUAAUCCGAUACCAUUUCACAUCGUCUAUCCAUCAUCGAAUCGAUAUUCUGCUGUAAUCGAUCAUGAGCCGAUGCUGUUAGAACACCAAAACACGAAACCCGUUCCCGUACCAAAUUUGUCGAAUACCCUGGGACGCAAUCAAAAUAUCAUUGACACUGUACACCCGUACCGUCAUCAUCAUCCGAACAGACUAAGUCUAAAUCUUACACAAGCGGCUGAACCAUUUUCUGCUUGCUUCUACAACCCGAAUAAUCGAUCCAAAACGAUAGAUAACGCCACGAAACCGUUCCAGCAGACGUCGUUGGAGUUUAGCAUGAAAAACUCAAACGAAUCCGUUCUGAGUGCAAAAAGUCCGGUAACGUCGCUAGAUUUCAAACCGCGGUCCAUGCAGAGUCCACAAGAUUUAAUUUCGCUUAAAAGUCAAACAUCGGCCGACUCGGUUUUAUCGCCAAAGUCCCCGCCAUCAAUGGAAUUUUCAAUUCGGUCGUAUCCGAAAGAAUCCAUGGAAUAUGGAUUUCCAUACAAGCGUAAUGUUGGCAAAUAUCCUAGUGAUAGCGACAGCAUCGGCAUGGACAUCAUACCGACCAGUAAUAGUGUACACACAAAUACAUUGCUUGCAUAUUCAUCACAUCCACGAGCCUUAACAUCAACGAAUCGAGUUCCACCCAGAGUAUUCGGUCAAACAUCUCAUUUACAUCCACACCAUCCACAUUCAAUCCGUCAAACUAGUCCACUAACGCUACUACAAUCACAUGAUCAAAUUGCACUAAGAGAUCGAACUGAAUUGGAGUAUGGAAUGCACUCCCAAAUGUCUUCCAUGGAUAUGGAUUCGUAUGGCCAGCGCGGUACAAAUAAAAAGAAAACUGCACGUGAGCGGGAUUCGGUUUACAGCAUCGAAUUCGGCACGUUUCCUCGCAGCAAAGAGAACCAACGCAUCCUGAUACCGUCGAAUCCAAGUGUUAUCAAAGGAAGUGGCGUUAAAAACAGCACCGGAUCGAUUGAACAUGGCAGCGAAAGAGGAUCGCCGAUGCCACCAGCUUUUCAAGUGGAAGUUCUGAGCCGAGUGAACGACAAACGGAACUCAAUGCCAAACUAUUGUUUCGGACAAAAACCGAACUGGGAACCUGGUGACUUGAGACGUGUAACAAUUGACAAACUUGACAAGCAGUUAGGCAUAACGAUCUGCUGCAACAAUAAUGGCGGAGGUAUAUUCGUUUCGACGGUCACGGAAAACAGUAUUGCUAGUCAGGCCGGCCUUCAAAUCGGUGAUCAGUUGCUUGAAUUUUGUGGAAUUAACAUGAGAUCAGCCACUUAUGAUGUGGCUGCAAAGUUUUUACGUCAGUGCGGUAAUUCAAUCACGAUGCUCGUGCAAUACAACCCAGACAAAUAUGAUGGAAACAUCAUUCAUGCGUCCGAAGAUGACAGUGUCAGCCGAUCAGGUUCUCCAACGCCUCGGAAUAGUCCUCGGCCGACUCGAUCGUUAUUAAUGACCAAUGAGCCGAACGUCGGCAAGCAAUCGUCGCCGCAAAUUCCACAGCUUUCCUUGCUACCACAUCAAAUGAAGAAGCAGAAAUUUGCGGACAGUUUGGAAAAUCAAUCUGAAUCGAGUUUACCCGAUUCAACGUCUGACAUUUUCGAGGCCGAUCCUCGGAAGAUAACGAUGAACACGAAGAACAAAAGCACGAAUCUUGGAAUAAGUUUGUUGGGAGGUAAUGCGGUCGGAAUUUAUGUGCAUGACGUGCAGAAAAACUCUUUAGCGGAAUCGGCAGGAAUGCGAAAAGGAGAUCAGAUCCUUGAGUAUAACGGGGCUGAUUUGAGGAGAGUAACAGCUGAACACGCAGCUAAUGAAAUAUCGAAACCAGCAGAGAAAGUGACGGUCAUUGUGCAAUAUAAUUUGAAAAAAUUUAAUAAAAUCAAAGAUGAAGCUGGUGACUCAUUAUACAUACGUGUGGGAUUUGAUCGCACAGGUGAUCUAGGCGAAGGUGAACUGAGAUUCGUCAAAGACGAUGUUCUCUACGUUGAUACGACAAUUUUCCGUGGUGUAUUCGGCCAGUGGCGUGCAUGGAAAUUGGACGAAUAUGGUCAUCGGCUGGAGUGCGGUAUCAUACCGAGUCAAUUAAAGGUGGAAGAAGAACUGCGACUGUUGGGUGAUGUGACAGAUGGGGAUAGUACAACGAGACGUGGCAGCACAUCAGCUCGUCGUUCAUUUUUUCGACGAAAGAAGCAUCCGAGAAGUUCGUCUCGUGAUUCGAAGGAGCUAGCCAGCUUCAGUAACACACAGUUGAGCUGGUUCUCAGACUCAGGAAUGCUCAGCGAAGAAGGCACAAUACCCAGUUAUCAACGAGUGGAAAGAUUAGAUUAUUCCGUUUGUCGACCCGUGCUUAUCCUGGGACCAUUGUCUGAGUGUGUUGCCGAUAAAAUGAUAAAAAAUGACUUUCCGCAACAGUUUGAACGUUGUCUGAUGACCAAAAUGAACUGUUCACAAGAUGCGAUGGAGAAGGGCCUGCAAAAUAACAUUUUGAUUGAUUACCGUAAGCGGGACAGUAUUUACGAGUGCACAACCGUGCAGGCAAUUCGUGAUAUAUGCGAUAAGAAUCGACACUGUAUCAUUGAUGUAUGCAUAUCAGCCGUCGAACGACUACAUCGUCUGCAAAUAUUUCCAAUUGUCUUAUUGCUCCAUUUCAAAUCGGCUAAACAAAUCAAAGAAAUCCAAGAAAAAGACUCACGUUAUCCCACUGAAAAGAUAACGUUGAAGGCAGCUAAGGAGAUGUACGAACAUGCACUGAAACUGGAAUCAGACUAUCGUCACUACAUAUCAGAGGUUAUAUAUGGUGCCAAUAUUACACAUUUGAGUACACAAAUUAAAGCUGCUGUUGACAAAGAACAAACUAAAGUGCUGUGGGUACCCGUAUCGUCACAAUAAGUGUCGUUUAAAAACUGUAUUUGCUAUGCCUAUCCUGUUGAGUAACACUUUUCGCGUUUCCGAAUGUCUGUCAUGACUUUGAAAUUAAAACUCGGAACAGAAUAGGUUUAUCUGAACCGAAAGCAACUUAAAUUUGAUAUGAUCAAUUUUGAUCUGACGUUAAUGGAUCUGGCAGGCUUCCAGAAACUUAUUUGUGAAAAAUUACCUUUUAAAUCUGUCCUAACCGGAUUGAAUAGAACCAGAUUCAGGUCAGGUUCAUUUUCUAAAAUCACCGGACCAUAACGUUCAGGUUAACCCGGUUUUUGGCCUAUUCCGAGCUUUUGUUGCUUUCGGGUAAAAUUUCACGAGUCAUUUAUAUUCAGCAGAAGUAUAUUCGUAAGAAACUAGAAGUUAAACUGACAUUCAAACAGAAUAAUUCUUAAACGAAAACGGGUUCCAAUAACCUAGUGCCUUAGAAUAUUUGUGACUAAAUUUGUUAAAAUUUCGUUUGUGUGAGGCAGUUUUUUUUAAUAAAAAAAAUUUUUUCGCUUUUCGGUUUUUGAUCGACCAAAAUUUUUGUAGCAAAAAAAAUGUGAGACAAAUGUCAAUUUUCGGAUUUGUUUUAUUCUUAAACAAAGUUUCAAGAAGAUAAACGUAAACAAAAGUGCCUUAGAUUUGUAUUAACAAAUUUCAAAUUAAAACUAUUUUAAUGAGCGCGUAAUUUAUUUAUUUAGAAUUGUAAGGAAUUAUAAAAAUCAUCUAUUGAGAAUGAGAAAUGAAACAAA